AAGAAACCACAAAGCAUUAAACCUCUUGAAAAUUUUGUUGUUUUACUCCGAUCGUCGCCUUUUUGGCCGUCGCCGGCGAUUUCUGAUUGUAUAAUUUUGAAAUGAUAUCGCCGGAGAUGGAUAUUCCGGCAGCCGUCCGUCGAUUCCUGGAUUUACGCAGCGGUGAUGUGUUAAUUUCUGUAGGUGACGUACUUACCUAGCCUAAAAACCUAACAGUAGCUGAAAACCCUACGCGAAAGCGAGCGUUACGUAGCAGAGAUUAGAAGUUAUUCCUUGUUUUGUUUCACAAAUCGGUAUUAAAAUAAAGAAUCCAAUAAAAUAUAUGUAUUGUAAUGCUAAUCUAUAAGAUAAAGGAAUCAGUUUUGCAGGUUUUUUGAAAGAUAUAGGAGGAUUUCUUGGUUUUUGUGCCGAUUGAUUUGGUGAUCCGAUGAUGAGAGACUAGUUCAUGUGCUGUGUUUUUACUAUUACAGCCAUUGGAGUUUUGUUAUGGAUCUCUAGUAUUGUUUUUGAUCAGGUGUUAUCGGAAAAUUGAGGUUUUGCGAUAACUAGUUUUUUAGGUUUUAGGGUUUUCUGAUUUUCUUUCGUUUAAUAAGAGAAAAAAAAAAAUUGAUAAUCGAGGAAGAAGUUUUUGGUAUGCCUUUGACGAUGAAGAUACAACCAAUCGAUUCAACCACACCGGAAUGUUUUGAGCCGGUGAAGAUUGUGCCAAAGUCUCGAUUGAGACGUCUCUUCGACUUCUCUAGCUUUUUGAGAGGAUCGGCGGUGGCGGAUAGGUCCGUCGCCGGGGAACCGCAAUGCGGCAAAGAUUGUUCAGACGAAUUCGAGCCGAGCUCCGUCUGUUUAGACAAAAUGGUCCAGAAUUUCAUAGAAGAAAGCAACGAGAAGCAGUAUGUUGCAACAGCGAACAAGUGUGGCCGGCAUAACCACCAACAGUGCAAUUGCGUUAACGGCACCAAUUUCUGUAGCAGCGAUGGUUCCGAAGAUGAGUUUGACUCGUUCAAUUGUUUUGGCAACUCUAACAACCACAGUUCGUCCACCGACUCGUGUGAUCCUCUUAAGAGUUUGGUGCUUUGCGAAACAGUUUCUGAAAGGAAUUUGUUGGCGGAUGCUGCAAAAGUCGUGGAUAAGAACAAGAUCUGUAAACGGAAAGAUGAAAUCAGUCGGAAAAUCGUUUCCGAUGGCCUCUUAGCUACCGGAUACGCUGUUUCUAUCUGCAAGUCCCGUUGGGAAAAAACUUCGACAUAUCCAGCAGGGGAAUACGAGUAUAUUGAUGCUCUAAUUGAAGGGGAUCGUUUGAUAAUCGACAUAGACUUCCGAUCAGAGUUCGAGAUAGCAAGAUCCACCAAAAGCUACAAAGCUGUUCUUCAAAUGCUUCCUCAUAUCUUCGUGGGUAAAGCCGAUCGUCUCCAGAAAAUCAUCAACAUAGUUUCGGAUGCUGCAAAACAGAGCUUAAAGAAGAAAGGAAUGCCUUUGCCCCCAUGGAGAAGAGCUGAAUAUGUUAAAGCCAAAUGGCUAUCUCCUUGCACUAGAAUCAUCAUUACUCCCACGGAUGAUCAAUCCCCCAAUGAGAACCCAAUCAAAUCUGACCCUAAAGACCAUAUCUUGAUGGAAGAAUUCGAAGUGUUGGCAACUACAGAUGAAGAUCCAUCCGCGGAAGCUUUUAAACAGUGGGAGCCAUUGGAGAUCAAACCCAAGGUACUAAAGACUGGAGGUAAAGUCAUUAGUGGUCUAGCUUCUGUGAUUGAAGGCAAAUAAUACUUACAUAUGAAAGAGGUUCGAUUCGUCUAAAACCCAUUUCAAAAUGUGGUUUUCUUGAUUUUCCAUCUUUAAAUCAAGAAAAUGGAACCCACAUAACAGAAAUGUUGGAUAUGGGGAUUAUUUAGACUAACAGGACCCUAAAAGUUUUUGGUAUUUUGACUUGCUUGUUUUUGGGUUUUUUAGUGUUUUUUCUGGUCUUUUUGGCACCGGAGAAGAAAAGAAAAAAAAAAAAGAAUAUAUACUGGAGAAGAUGAGAUGGGUAGACUGAAGUCCCCUUGGUGUUUUUUUGGGUGUAAGGGUCCAUCUUUACUAACUACUUUGGAUAUAAUAAUGAUGAAUAAAUAAUCAAAUAAAUUGAAUAUUCUAUGGUUUUCAGUAUUUCUACCUGAUUCCCAUGUUUUCUGUUACAUUUUUGUAUAAAAAGUGUUUCUGCUUGUGGGGUUUUCGGUUUUUAUGCCGGUUUGUAAUGUAUAGCUGUAUAUCGACCUUAAUCUUGAAGAUCGAUGCUUAGAUCGAAGUAGAAGUGAGUUGCCAUGGCCCAUGUGUGCUAGAUCGAAGAUGGUUUUGCAAGAUGACCCUCUAGUGUAUAUCUAAGUUUGAAACAAGGGUAGAUGAGAUGAAAGUCGGAUCAGAUGACGGUCAUUGAGCGUAUUCUUUCUUUAAAGGUCAUGU